GGACUUCCACAUUUACCUCGCUUCCCGCAAUUUUCUCUCGUCACUAAUCUAGCAACAACCUUAACAAGUUAAGUCAAAUACCAACAAACAUCUUCUCACGUAGAGACGCAUCAAUGGAUUCUUUUAUUUCCUGACGAUAUUAUAUUCUUCUUCCUUAAUUAAACCAACACCCUCUCCAAAUGGGCAAUGGCCGCAGCUCAUGAUCAUUCAUGUUAAUCAUUUUGCGCCUAACAUCUCAAGGUUCCUUAAAGAUUAGGAAUAAGAAGUUGUUUAGUUGUAAAUGUAGAUGAACGAGACGACAAGAGGAGAUCAUGUGUGUGAUACGGGCAAGAUGGAGGCAGCUGAGAAACAUUCACACGAGGUGAAGAGAUCAGUCGAAGCAGCGGUGGCGAAGGGAAGUGCAAAUCCCUCUGUAUCAUGUGAUCCUCUAUCCGUAAAUCCUCAUUCAUUCCCAUGCCCAUUACCAACUUCCAGAAACGGAUCCCAUCCAAACGUAACGUCCCCCUGCAGCACGAAGACGAGCAAUGCCGCCAAGACUAGUCAAUCAAGCAUGAGCCACGGCUGGGGCGGCAGUGGCAGUGGCAGCAACAGCCGGAGCGACAGCUUAGAUAGCACGAGCAGCGCCCCCCUGAAGCCCCACACAGGGGGUGAUGUGAGAUGGGAUGCCAUAACCUGUGCCUCUUCAAGAGAAUCGCCUCUCGGCCUCACCAACUUUCGCCUCUUGAAGAGGCUCGGUUAUGGAGAUAUCGGGAGCGUGUACCUUGUUGAGCUCCGGGGAAGCAACACGUUCUUCGCCAUGAAAGUUAUGGACAAGGCUUCUCUUGCAAGCAGGAAUAAGCUGCUCCGAGCUCAGACAGAGAGGGAGAUUCUUGGCCUUCUCGACCACCCUUUCUUGCCUACGUUAUAUUCUUACUUUGAGACUGAGAAGUUUUAUUGCUUGGUCAUGGAGUUCUGCAGUGGAGGCAACCUUCAUUCUCUAAGGCAAAAGCAGCCCAAUAAGCAUUUUACAGAGGAAGCUGCUAGAUUUUACGCAUCAGAGGUGCUGUUGGCGCUAGAGUAUCUGCAUAUGCUAGGCAUCGUGUAUCGCGACCUAAAGCCCGAAAACGUACUAGUGCGAGAGGAGGGCCACAUCAUGCUCUCCGACUUCGACUUAUCCCUGCGCUGCUCCGUCAACCCCACGCUCGUGAAGUCCUCGUCGACACACGCCGCAUCCGACGCCAACGGGGCCAUCUUGGACGACGAGAACGCCGUCCGCGGCUGCAUCCAGCCGUCCGGCUUCCUCCCCUACUUCCUCCCGAGCAAGAAGAACCGGAAAUCCAAGUCCGAUUUCGGGCUGGGCAACAACCCCAACUCCCUCCCCGAGCUCAUGGCCGAGCCCACCAACGUGCGCUCCAUGUCCUUUGUCGGGACCCACGAGUACCUCGCCCCGGAGAUCAUCCGGGGCGAGGGCCACGGCAGCGCGGUGGACUGGUGGACGUUCGGCAUUUUCCUGUACGAGCUCCUGCACGGGACCACCCCGUUCAAGGGGGCCGGGAACCGGGCCACGCUCUUCAACGUGGUGGGGCAGCCCCUCAAGUUCCCGGACACGCCGCAGGUGAGCUCGAGCGCCAAGGAUCUUAUAAAGGGGCUGCUGAUCAAGGAGCCGCACAAGCGGAUCGCGUACAAGAGGGGGGCCACGGAGAUCAAGCAGCACCCGUUCUUCGAGGGGGUGAACUGGGCUCUCGUAAGGAGCGCAGCGCCCCCUCACGUGCCGGAGCCCGUUGAUUUUAGGCAGUUUGCCAGCAAGGAUCCGGCGCAUUCGGAGAAGAAGAUUGCGGACAUGGGAGGUGAUCAUAAGAACCAGAGCAGCUCAUCGGCUGAUUCUUCGUAUGUUGAAUUCGAGUAUUUCUAGACAUCUCUCUUGAUUUUGUUAUGGACUAUAUAUAUAUGUAUAUGUACAUGUUUCAAGUCAGACUAGUUUUGUACACCAAGAUUAGCGCAACUGCAGUUUGAGAUUGUAUCAUCAUCCCCCAAGACAAGAAGAUUAUGGCAAUGGAAAAGCAUCAUUUUUUUGUAA